AUUUUGAAUCAACAAAUGAACAGUAGUAGUGGGAGUAAUAGCAAUGAAAGCAUGUCCUCAGAUGCAAGCACUAAGAAAUGCUUCCUGAACAGAGGGGAUUUCAUGGAGCAUAUUAAAUUCCCUGAAAAUUCCCCCUCCUUGAUUGUAAUCCCAUCUAAUAAAGAAGGCACAGGCUUUCUCAAGUAUUGAUAUGAUGAGAGACAUCUUAAAGGAAAGAUUACUGAAGAGGAAUUCGAUAAAAUAGUUGAGAAAGCAGCCAAAAUUUCAGCAAAAGCUUACUCUAAAUAAAAGAGUCAUGGACAAAAGUGGCAUCGGAAAAAUGAAUGGCAUGCUCAUGAUAGCAAGCAGUCUUCUCACACUUGGGUUUCUCUCAAUAAUCAUCGCUGCAGCUGAUGCAAAUUCGAACUUUCUUCACCUGUUAGGUUAUAUUUUGCUAGUGCCUUCAUUGGUAAUAAUGGCAACAAUUAUGGUGAUCAACUGGUUCAAAUAAUGUAAGAACAUUCAUCACAUUUGAAGAGAUUACUAAGCAAGGCUUAGAUAGUUAUUUCUCAAAGAUUAACUUGGAAAACUUCAUUGAAAGAGGUCUUGAGUGGAAAACAGCCCAAUUAGGUCACUUCUGGAUCGAGCUCCGGAUCAAAAACCCUAUCUCACAGAGAAAUGAUAACUGGGUGGCAAACAGAAAUGAGAGGGAUUCUAAUCUCAAUAGUCCUUUUGAGAGAAGGAUUAGUGAAGAAAAUCGGCUGGUCGAUUUCCGUGAAGAGGGAGAAAUGAUUGAAAAGAUCUCUGAGAAACAAUCAGAAGUUUCUGUUCCUUCUUCAAAUGAACACAAGGAAGGAAAUCAUUCCAAAGGAAGUGUAAAUGAAAGACCAGGGUCAAAGAAUAUGUUCUUGGACGAAUCUGUUAGUGAGGAAAAUGAAUUAAAUAAAGAUGCUUCUGAUAACCGAGCAGAGCCUGAAGCAUUUGAACUAGUUGAAGAUCAAAAAGAACUUGAAAACUAUAUAAAUAUGGGAGAGGCUCCAGAAAAUUAAUAAGUAUCUUAAUAUGA